AUGGCGACUCCAACCCAAGCAAACCUGAAGGACAAAAAUGCUCACUACGCGUCAAACUUCAAAGAAGGGCAGUUGGCACUGCCUCCUGCGAAGAAGUAUGCCGUUGUCACCUGCAUGGACGCCCGAAUCGAUCCGGCAGCAGCCUAUGGCAUAAAUCUUGGCGACGCCCAUGUGAUCCGCAACGCUGGAGGCAAUGCUCGCGACGCCCUGCGCUCUCUGGUCAUCUCAGAGCAGCUGCUUGGCACGAAUGAGAUCCUGCUGAUCAAGCACACCGGCUGUGGUAUGUUGACGUUCAAAAAUGAAGAUGCCCACGCCGUGGUCGAGAAGAAUCUGGGGGCGGCGGGGCAGCAGGAACUGUCAGGCUUGGACUUUCAGCCUUUUCCAGACCUUGAGAAGGCUGUGGAGGAUGAUGUAAAGUACCUGAAGGCUAGCAAAGCUAUUCCAGAUUCAAUCAUGAUCAGUGGCUGGGUGUAUGAGGUUGAGACUGGGAAAGUAAAUCAAGUCUUAUAG